GGGGCGUCGGAGCCGGACCCGGAAGCGGUGCGGCUGAGUCACCGCGGCAGCGAGCGGCGGCGGCGAUGAGGCAGCAGCCGCGCAGGGCGGCGGCGGCGGCAGUAUCGGCAGCGGCAGCAUCCUGAGGAGCCGAGCAGCCCGGCAGCGCGAGGAGCCCCGCGACCUUCCCGCCCGCCCCCGCCGCCACCAUGAUGGAGGAGAUAGACCGGUUCCAGGUGCCCGCCGUGCGCGCCGAGAUGCAGCCGCUGGAUCCAACCGCUGCAUCUAUUUCGGACAGAGACUGUGAUACAAGAGAGGGAGAGACUGUAGCCAUGAACUAUAAGCCGUCCCCACUCCAAGUGAAAUUAGAGAAGCAGAGGGAGCUGGCUCGGAAGGGCUCUCUGAAGAAUGGCAACAUGGGAAGCCCAGUUAAUCAGCAGCCCAAGAAGAACAAUGUGAUGGCACGGACAAGGCUCGUCGUUCCCAACAAGGGCUAUUCGUCAUUAGAUCAGAGUCCAGAUGAAAAGCCACUGGUAGCCCUGGAUACAGACAGUGAUGAUGACUUUGACAUGUCCAGAUAUUCCUCCUCGGGAUACUCAUCAGCUGAGCAGAUCAACCAAGACUUGAACAUCCAGCUGCUGAAGGAUGGGUACCGGUUAGAUGAGAUCCCAGAUGAUGAGGACCUUGACCUAAUCCCCCCUAAAUCGGUCAAUCCUACCUGCAUGUGUUGCCAAGCCACCUCCUCCACCGCCUGUCACAUCCAGUAGUGAGGCCGGCAGGCUGUGAUCAGUGCUUUCCACUAUAACUGUAAAACUUAACAGCCAUUGCUUCCUCCUAUGGUAGGACGUGCACCUCUUUGUGUUCAUGGAGCCAGGAGAAACCCAAAAAUUCAUUUUAUGAUAGAUUGAUAAGUUAUUUUAAACUACUGUUAAACAAAAAACAAGUUGCUCAAAGUGCCAGGCAAUGCCUGACAGAACUGACUGGUCUGAAAAGUGAAUGCAGAAGGGUCGAGAGACCAUUCUGGGGGUUUUGUAGGCACCAGAGAUAUUUCGUAAGGUGUUAGUUCCAGAACAGAAAGUUGGGCUACAGUUAAUCCUACCUGCAAGACCAAGAGGUGUCAAGGGGUUUUACCUGAGGUCAGUUCAUAGUUCAUUCACUAAGCAUGAUUUGAUCUGUGUAACCAAAAUUGUACCACAACAGAGGCACAAAUGGCAACAGAAUAGGGCAUCCUUUCUUAGGGCAGCUCUAGCUAGGACUAACACAACACAAUUCAUUCACUUGCAAAGAGGGCGAAUAGGUGGCAUUUCACUGUGAGUUAGUACUAGCUAGAGCUGUUGUGUUACAUAUCCAAUGCAGUCUUCCUUUGGCACCACAUUAUCUCCAAACACAUCACAUUUGAUCUACGAUCCAUCCAUGCUCUGAGGGGAUUCAGUCUUUGACUGAGAAUGCCAUACUCAUGAAUUCAGUUAUACUGACUUCAGCUUAUACUUAAUUCCUGUGAGACCCAUUUGUUUCCAAAAGUCUCCAACUUUGUUCAACUAAGAAAAAAUGAAACUUGCUAAGACAGGAACUGAAGGUCAGUGCCGAAAAAGCUAGUAGAAGAAAGCAUAUUUUUACAGAGCUUGGCUGUUGAUAUUCUUUUGACACUGCAUCUCCUGAUGCUUGUGGGAGAGAUUUGUUAACCUUGUGGUGUCAGACUUUAAGGGAGUUUUAAGCAACAGAAGGAUAAUGAGCAGAUUCAGCUGGAAAAAAAAAAAAAGCCACGGGAGGAAACCUUUAUUUAUCACAUCUCUCCCCACCUGUGAACCAAGCUUUGUCUGUUAGAGCUGUCCCACAUCAGGACCAAUUGUGUCAGGAAACCUGGCAUUACAUUUCCUUUCUGGACUGAAUUGCCAGCUCACCAACAGAUUGUUUUCAACACAAAAUGAUGUCUGGAAUUAGGAGACAUCUCCUUUCCUGCUCAUCUUUACACUGAUGGCUUCAGAAGACAUGGGACACAGAUGGUGGAUGAGCUGGCUUCAUUCUCUGAUGCCACAAUAUCUUUGACACAAGCACAACUGUGUCCUUUUCUGCUCAGCCAGAAAGACUGCCUGCAUUACACCAGCACUUGCUUUAGAGACUGGUGGAGGGAAAAAGUUAGGGCAGUUUUGAAUUUCCUAUCAGAAUUCCCUGGGCCGCAAGAAAGAACCGUGCCUCCACCCUGAGGUACAGAUCUCCUGCCUCAGAUGUACACAUCAUGAUCUGAUUCUUUAAGAAGUCUCAUCUCAAUCAGUGAUGAGAAGGCCCCUUAACACCAUGGGUAUUUUUCUGUGCAGUACAAGUCAUGAUGUCAUGCACAGCAUAAGCGUAAGAACAAGCAUUCAGGACUCCUGGGCUUUAUUCAGGAGCUGGCUUCAGGCAACUAUGAAAGAUGUUUUCCCUCUUCCUAAAACAGGACUAUUGGCCCUAUCUGACAACGAACAGAAAGAGACUGAGCAAGCUUGUUUACUGAGCAUUUCUGCCUCCUAGUGCAGAAGCGCUGAUUAACUUGUCAACUCCCCUGGGAAGAGUGUUCCUCAGUUAGAACUCCUCUCAAUUUCUCAUCGUACAGCAGUGAUGAGGCGGAGUAUUUCAAAAGACUGGAAGCACAAAGCUUCCAGUCCCCAGUUCCUCAUUUCUUUUGUGUGAGAUGAGCAUGUUUCUGAAAGGAUGAGGGGAGCUCUAACGACACUGUGCUGGGAGAAAAUACCAAGGAGUCUAUUUUUCAAAUGCAGAAUGUGGUUAAAACUUUAAAGAAAUCCCGUGGUAUAAGUAAAUCCUGCAGAACAUGGCCCAAUCUCUUUAAAGGUUCACACUUCCAAAGCAGGAUUUUGCAGUUCAGCAUCAGUAUCAUAUAACAUCUUCAUUGUGCUUACCCUCCUGAGUCAGUGUCUGUGCCUUCCAGCCAGGCUGCACACACUCAGCCUUUCCUACAGUCCUUGCUCAGGAGCUCAGAGCAUUUCUCAAGCAAUGAGGUGUCUGUUUCCAUGGGCCAGCCCUUUCAAACUGUAGAUCCCACAGGUCACCAUCACAUCACCUUCAUGUUUCAGCAAGGAUCAAAGGAGACAUGCUGAGAUGAGUUUCUCAGGACUGCAACUCUCUGUAACCAUUGCACCAUGGCACCUCAACCAAGUCCUUUUUUUGCCCCUGUUGCUGCUUUUAUCUGCCUGUCACAUGGCCUGAGGCAUUUUCCAGUUCCUGCAGCCACCUUCCACCCUUUGCAUUGUGUGAUGGGCACCUGCUUCCAGCAUAACUCCCUAAAGUCCUUUGGAGGGAGAUAUUCACUUGCACAUGGGGGGGGGAGGGGGGGGGGGGGGGGGAUUAAUUCAAACGUUAACUAGCCCAGUGCUUCCUGCAAAUAUAGACAGAAGCACAGGCCCAGAGUUCCUCCCUGCUCGCAGAAGGAUUUGGUUGCACAAAUUGCUGUUUUGGCAUGAUAGUACAGGACCAUAAAAUGGCAAUUUUUUGGCUUCUCCUCUCUAUGCUUUGUGUUCAUAUAUUUUAUUAGGGGAUUAAAGUAGAAAUGGUGGGGAUAAGUAGUUACCUGUGUAGAGUUAUUAUCAGGAAGGCUGAAUGAAUUAAGGCAUUGCACGUGUGGCUAUCAUAGAAAACUGAUCACUAACCCUUCUGAAUUGCAGCCCUUUAAUCAGUUAUGACCCUGAGAUGUGGUUGUUGGCUUGUUACAGAACAUGAUGGCCAGCCCAGCGUUACGUGCUAACAGCGGGUUGCGUUGGCUCUCCCUGUCUCUCUUGUGUUCAGACCUUUGUUCCAGCCGUAAGGUUUUCCUUGUGCCCUCAUUAAAGUUAUGUUGUGGUGGGUUCCCAGGAAGGAGUACACGAAUGCGGCCGCUGCUCUUUUAUACCACAGCAGCAGGUUAUCUGCUGCCAUGGCCUGGAGAAGGUUAAAGCAAGGAGCACAGCCCCUGACUCUUAGCUGCAGCACUGUGAAGCUAUAAAAGCUGUAAAGAUGCUGGGUGCUCUCCCAGCUACAAUUUGCUUGCAAGAAAGAGAAUCAUUGCUUUGCAUCAGUGUUUGCACCAUACCAGAUGGCCUUUUCAGACCCUAUUUUCCGUCCAAAAUGUACUGAAUACCAGAGGGAGGUAUGCCACUGAGUAUGAAAGGUUGCAUUACUUUUCAUCUAAAUUAGCAAGCAAUUAAGCUUCUUCAUAGUGAUGCCGGCGCCUACAACAAAUGAAUUUGAUGCCUCCUAAAGCCAGACCAGCUUUUUGCUAGGAUUUUAAGUACUUUUAGUCUCCAAAUUACUAGAGUUUAGGCAAAUCCUUUCCUCAUAUUAAAUGUCAGCUGUGCUCUUUAGCAUGAGCUGUCUUUGGACUGCAAUGUCUCAGCGCUCAACUCUGUUUCUCCAGUCUGCAAACUUCCUAUUUCCAAAUGUCUAUUUAUCCUCCCAGUGUCAAAGAAAGUCUUUGGAUAGCAGGAUGUAGUCUGUUUUUCUGGUGGCUGUAUAAUCUUUAGCUGGAAGAAGGCUGAUGUCUAGAUGACCCUCCCAAAGGGUCUUUUGAUCUUACUAGACUUAUCUCAAAGCCAUCCUUUGGAAGAAACACUGGAUCAAAUCUGAUGUCACUGCAUGUCAGCCCCCAGGGUGUACAUUUGGCCCUCCAGUCUGCUACUCUCCUGUGGCCGUAUUGCCUGCAGAUGCCUUGCAACUGCAAAAGCAGAGGGCCAAGGCUGGAGCACAGACUUCAGAAGGGACUUCUAGAUGCUGUGCUCAGCCACGGACAGGACAGACUCAACUGCUGUGGUUUGGCUGUGCAUCUCCUUUCACAGAAGGAGACAGCUGCUCUGCUCAGCUGAGUGCUGGCUGACACACUGGUCUGAAAUCCUGAGCAGAAACCUUCUCUCUCCAUGCAAUGUGUCCUGAGGGUGGCCUGCAAACUGUACAACAGUGCACAGGAAGCUUGAAAAGUACAGCGCCCUGCGUGUGACUCAGCAGCAAAAUGAAGAUGCUUUUGAAGGAAGGAGAGUCCCAGCUGAGCACCAGAUGGAAUGAUAGAAGGAAAACAAGCAAUAACUGGAAAGGCUGCCAAGUGCUGCCUUGGCCUAGGACAGGUCCCAGUAGUCCAAGCUUAUCUGUCUCAGUACAGUGCUGAUACCAGCAAGAAGCAAAGCUUGCUUUCAGAUGCACACUCAAAAAACAUCGUGUCCCUGAGCUGGCAGUGCAACCAAAUACUACUGCAGAGACUCUACUGGAACAUCAGAGUAUAGAAAUGAGAUCUUGCUGCUUUUGGCACGUUUGAUGUUUGCUCUAGCCCCAGGCAAGUCACAUCCUCUCUAGAUAUCCAUUCUCUUCUGUAGCACUGGGAAGAAAUCUGCCUUCCCAUGACACUACCACCUUGCAUGGAUGUUACUGAGCGUACAGUGGGCACCACUGUUAGGUUAGCUCUGCAAGCAAGAUGCAAGGAGCAUGCUAUUAAAGUUUUACACAUAUUUUCAUAAUACUACAAAAAACAGCUCUUCUUCUACCAGCUUCUGGUUGUAUUCGUGUAUCAGUGCUGCAGAGUGGAGUUCAGUAGAGAGAUUAAACAGCUUUAGGGACGACGUUUGGCAAAGAUAUGUUUCCCAGUUAUUUUGCCUUUGCACAGCUGGCUACUGAAUGUGCAUGCUGACAGAGAAUGUGCAGUAACAUUCAGUGGCCCAACAGCACCAUCCCCUGCUAGCAGAGGUAAGCGAUUUCAAAGUGCAGAUGGCUUUACAGCUCAAAUAGUGAGCUCUAAUUGAAUGCAAGAGAUCACCACAGUGCUCAUUUGUGAUAUUCCCAGGGCAGUUUCAUGCUUUUAUUUUUAGCAUUUAUGUAACAGUAUGAGGUGCAUUUGUCUGGUCUCUCCGUUUUUUCCUUUCUUCCUUCAAGCGCACAUGGGGUAUGGCCUCUCCUAGCUAUACCAGAACAGGCUUUACCACCUGGCUGCUGCUGGGCUCAGCAAGCACAGGCUGCACAUGCCACCCUGAAUGUACCCUGGUUUUGGCCUCUGGCAUCCUUCAGAACUGACUCUUCACAGCUUCUGUCUCUCUCUGCUUUUCAUGUCUUGAAAGUAGAUUUUCACAGUUGGUCAGAAUGUCCUCUAGGUGUCCACUGGUGGCAGCCCCAGGAUCACAGUGGGUAGAUGCUGUCUGGCUGAGCGCUCCUCUGGCAGCUUGUUGGGAAGGCAAGGGCCAGGGCUAACUGAGGUUACGUGGAGCAGGACAUGCAGAGUGCCAUGGCACAGAGCAGAACACACACACACACACCAGGACAGACUGCAGCUUUCCCUGGCACCCACAGAGAGCAACUUUUCCCAUUGCUUCCCAGGCCAAAUUGCCAGCAGAAACUGGCGGUGGGUUUGAGCCUUUCUGUGAAAAGCUGCUUCAGCCAAAGAUGCAUUUGCUUCUGGAAAGAACACAUCUUGCUGAUGGCACCCAGUCUGUGAAACAGCCAUUUCCACAGCAACAAGUGAUGAGAGGGGUAGUGGAAUUUAUCUGGGAGUGGAAAGUACAAUUGAAGCCUUAUUAAAAUGUUACUUUCAGAUGUGUUAUUGGAAGCAGAGCAGUAAGCACUUGGAGAAGAAGAGCCACUGAAAGGCUGUGCUGAGAUAAGUCCUGUUACUUACUGAGGUGUUUGCCCUCCCCUAGCUGCCCAUUUACCUGCCCCAGGUGCGGUCUCCAGUAAGCUGUGAUGUGAUACAGACCCAUGGAGAGGUGGAAAACCACUGCCAGCUCUCCUCACAGCAGCCCAGCAGGAGAUGCAGCAAGUGUGAUGGUGGGAGUGAGACAGCCGGGAUUUCCCUUUGCCCUCCUGAGCAGCCCAGAAGAAGACUGUAGGGCUGAGGGUCACCCAGGUGAUUUGAAAACCUUGGUGUGAGCCACCAUCACCCUGCUAGGGUCUGGGACUCAAGAUCCCUGCAUGAGCCUGACACCCAGAGGAGGCACAGCUGGGACACCUCUCAGUGGUUCCCUUGUCUGCUAUGACGCAAAUGCUGGUAUGGAUGCAGGUCUGCAGGGAGAAUGGCUCUAGUGGAGGACAGAGUUUUUGCAGGGGAGAAAAUCCAGAAAGAUAUUCCCCUUCCUCCCCUUAUGCACAUUUAUAACCAUUUAAAAUCCUUCCGCGGGGGCUACUGAACCUUCAGUUUAAUAAUAAAGGGAAUGAACCACUACAAAAUAGUUUUCUGAAAGGUUCUGAAAGUAGACGCCACUUGCAUGCAGAGCUGCUCCGUGUCUAACGUGCGACUUCCAGACUUCAGUGCAUCCUGCAGCUGAGUCCCUUUGUGUGCUGUGUGGGCUCAUGGAGGGAGAGCCAGAGCUGACCAUCACACCAACAGCUACAGCUUCCCAAACUACGGAAGGGUUAGGCAAGGAAGCGAGGAAAGCAGCAGCAGUGAUAGAAGUAUAAGUAGUUGUCACAGGUAAACUUUGGUAUCUAUGUACAAUGGUUAGUUCUAGAAUUGCAAGCCUUGUUAUAUUGCAUACGUCCUCCUUUCACUCUUUUCUGAAAGCAGCCAUCAUCUUUCCCCCGUCCCCACCUUGAACUGGUGUUGGGCAACACAGGCAGUUGCACCAAAAUGAUUCUCAGCCCCGUCCUGCAUUCUCCCCCUCCUACCCAGACCCAAAGCAGUCCAGACAGCUGUUGGCUAUCACAAGUCUUAAUUUUUAGCAACUCCACUUGAGUUUCUUUCUUCGUGUACUAUAGCUUCCUCCACAAGCACCCCAGCAGGGCAGUACAAGAGGCUCUGACCAUGUCCCAGGAAGCUUCUUUGCCCCCUGGCAGCACCCUGCAGACAUGCACCUUACUGGGAACGUAUGGGUCAGUGCUGGUGAGAGCUGGCACUGCUGACCUCAUGCGUCACAGCUGAUGGGGAUCCACCAGGGGAAGCUGGCAGGGAGUGGCUACUGUCCCUUUUCUUUUAAAUUUGGAGGGAGAGGGGGAUAUUUUUGGCAUUUAGAUUAUUGUCCACCUUCUAGUGGCCAAGUUCUGGGCUGCAUUAAUAAUUGGGGUCAAUGGGCUGUCUGGGCAGGUAUGGAGCUUCACACCAACUUCAACAGCAAAUGUCAUGGCUGUAUCCAUGGCUGAGUUUCUCCCGUGCUGGCAAAGAGCAGGCUGUGCAUCCAGCAGGCUCCAAAUGACCCGGCAGGCAGGGAGGCAGCCCUCUUCUGUGUUCAGAUCAAGUCCAUUUCAUGCCCUCAGCUUGAAAGACACUAAACCCCAAGGAAAUGCUUCCAAGGUCUCCUUCCACCGCGCAGUGCCUGGUGCCCAGUGGAGGCAUUUGUGGGUCACUGAAAAUGGGAUCCUUCUGGGAUAUAUUUAAUGGAAAUGCCUUUCAGGAGAGACCUCCCAACCUUUUCCUUAAUCUCAGAACAGGGGAUGAAUUUCCAGCUGUCCUUGCAUAUAGUGAAACAUAGCUGAAACAGCCAAAUGCAAAGUAGAGUUAAAUGUAGGGUUUGACCUGAAUAACCUUUUAAUUAGGAAGAUAAAUUUGUUGUAGCUUGACCUUAGUCCAUGUUAGGAACCUGCUAAUCAUGUGACAUGCGGAGUGUAUUAAUGCUGCACUUAACUUGGCCAUUGGUUUUAUCAUCUGGUUUGGGGAGUUUUUCACUCCCGAAGCAUCAGUCUGCAUCUCGUACGUUCUUUUUUUUUCUAUUUUUUUCCUGUUCAGAACAUGUAGCACACAUUGUACUUCUGUUCUUGUCCGCGUAGGGUAUUGCCUUAAACAGAUCAGUUGUGUUGUGGUUUGUUUGGGGUUUUCUUUUUUUUUUUUCCUACCAUCAGUUUUAUGCAUUAAUUUAUUUAAAAAUGUGGGGUUUUUUGGAAAAAAAAAAA